UCAAGCGGACGCUAACACCGUUUUCACGUCCACUGACCACACACUAAAUAAUCUCCGUUCCUCUCAAUCAGUGGAAGUGUGGAACCUCAAUCCCCUUGAACAGUUGAACUUAAGAAGAAGAAGACGUGAGAUUUGGCCGUGUCCUUCGACGUGAACGAGUUUUUAGCCCUACGCUUCACCAUAUUAUUCCCUUUUCUCUCUCCAAUCACCGGACGGCACCGGCGGGUAUAAGAACGGGCCGGUUGUAAUCGUAUGCAUGGAUCUUUGUUUUUCUAAAAGAGCAGUGACGAGGGAGGCCAAGUCGACUCGUCCCUGAAACCGCCUCGGACGCGGAGGGAUCGUGGUGAUGAGAGGAAGCUUUUUGAGCCGUCGCACAGUACAGAGGCUCCGGCAACUGGCGAUCGCCACCGUCGGAUCAGUCAAGAUCGAGCUCGUCCUCUGCUGCUGCAUCGCCUUCACGGUGAUCGCGCUUCUGAGUCGUGCUUCGGGUUUUACGGGAUGGACCAGUCCCGGUGUUGCUUUGGAACGGUUAUCUGCUCCACGGAAAGGAUAUGCUAUUGUAAUGAACACAUGGAAAAGAUAUGAUCUUUUGAAGCAGUCCAUUUCUCACUACUCAUCAUGUCCUGGACUUGAAUCUAUUCACAUUGUCUGGAGUGAGCCCAAUCCUCCAUCAGAUUCUCUUAAGAAAUUUCUAGAUCACAUUGUACAGUCUAACUCUGGGAACGCGCAACAUGUUGAACUAAAGUUUGAUGUCAACAAGGAAGACAGUUUGAACAAUAGAUUUAAAGAGAUUAAGGAUUUGAAGACAGAUGCCGUUUUUUCAAUUGACGAUGACGUGAUAUUUCCUUGCUCCUCUGUGGAAUUUGCAUUUAGUGUAUGGCAAAGUGCACCAGAUACAAUGGUGGGAUUUGUACCACGUAUACAUUGGGUUGAUCAAUCGAAAGGUAGCAGUGAUUACUACGUAUAUGGUGGGUGGUGGUCAGUUUGGUGGACGGGUACAUACAGUAUGGUACUCUCAAAGGCGGCCUUCUUCCACAAAAAGUAUUUGAGUCUGUACACAAAUGUAAUGUCAGCAUCAGUUAGAGAAUUCGUAACAAAGAACAGGAAUUGUGAAGAUAUUGCAAUGUCUUUUCUUGUUGCAAAUGCCUCAGGUGCUCCCCCAAUAUGGGUGAAAGGUAAUAUAUUUGAGAUUGGUUCAACUGGAAUCAGUAGCAUGGGAGGCCAUGGUGAAAGAAGAACCCAAUGCGUCAAUAGAUUUGUUGCAGAGUUUGGGCGAAUGCCUUUAGUGUCUACUUCUGUAAAGGCUGUUGAUAGCCGCAAUGUCUGGUUUUGGUGACACAGCAAUGAUCCUUCUUUUCAAUUGAUGAAUUUCCACACUGGUUUAGAAAGUUGAGUUAUUAUUACCUAUCAAAAAGAAAAUUGAGUUAUUCCAAGACAAAAAAGUUUUUUUCUUUUUUGAGCCAUUCCACUUCUUAUGGGAUCCUAAGUUGUAAAAUAUUGAACUUUCAGUUAGUGUAUGGGCAAUAGAAGUCAUCACAUCCGUUGGAUUGAUUUCAUGUAUUUUGAUUUUGUAACGUGUGGCAGUUGCUGCCAUGUGAGAUACCUACUAAGAUCAACCUUUGAGCAGAAUGAAAGACACUACAUGGUUGUCUU